CUAGCAGAACGUCUUAGACCUACCUCUCUGUCGACAUUCGUCGGGCAGACAGACCUCGUCGGGCAAGGCAGCCUGUUGCGUUCGAUGCUAGAUCCAGGAAACUCCUCAGCAUCUUCUUCAACCGCAUCGUUCGGUAGUAUCAUCCUCUGGGGCCCUCCAGGUUGUGGAAAGACGACGAUGGCCAGGCUGAUCGCGAACAAGGCCGAUGCAGACUUCCGAGAACUUUCCGCUACGAGCUCAGGAUCGGCGGAUGUAAGAAAAGUCUUUGAACAGGCUAGGAAUCAGUUGAAGUUGCUCGGGAGGCGGACGGUCUUGUUUAUCGAUGAAAUACAUCGAUUUACGAAACCCCAACAGGAUUUGUUCUUGCCGUUUGUGGAAACGGGUUCGGUAACGCUGAUCGGGGCUACUACAGAGAAUCCAAGCUUCAAAGUCAAUGGAGCUCUGUUGAGUCGAUGUCGAGUGUUUACGCUCAACAAGCUAUCUCCACCCGAACUCGAGCAGAUCCUGAAGAACGCACUCGACUCAUAUCCUCCACCUCUCCCUCGGAUCCCACCUACACUACUGGCAUUUCUCGCUGAGGUAUCUGAUGGCGAUGCUCGGCAAGCUCUGAAUAGCCUAGAGUUGGCAAUGAGCGUGUGCCUGCAAAAAGAUCGAGGACGGUCGAGUGUAGACGAGGAAGACCUUCAAGGCGAAGCCGAUGGAGAGAGCGAAGCCAAAGCUAAAGCCGAAGCGAAAGCAAAAGCCGUUACUGACGCUGAGGACGAAGAAUUGAUGAGCGCGAUCAAGCGGGGUCUACGGAAAGGCUACGAUCGGACGGGAGAAGAACGUUAUGACAUGAUCAGCGCUUUACACAAGUCGAUAAGAGGGUCGGACGGUUCCGCUGCGUUAUAUUGGCUAGCUCGCAUGUUGGAGGGAGGAGAGGAUCCGUUGUAUAUCGCUCGACGGCUUGUUGUAGUCGCGAGCGAGGACGUCGGCUUAGCAGAUCCUCAUGGAUUGCCUCUCGCAAUGGCGACUCAUCAAGCUUGCCAGGUGAUCGGUAUGCCGGAAUGCAGGCUAAAUCUGGCGCACUGCGUAGCGUAUCUGAGCGAGGCGGAAAAGUCGACCAGGGCAUAUCAGGCAUGUGGCAAAGCCGUAGCGCUCGCCCAUGAGACACCAUUACCGGACGUACCGUUACAGAUCCGGAACGCGCCUACGAAUUUGAUGAAAACGCUGGGAUACGGGAAGCACUACAGCUAUAAUCCGGAAUACAAACACCCCGUGCACAACGAAUACCUGCCUGCAGAACUACAAGACCGGUCGACGUUUGGCUCGGACAGUCUGUUACAAACGGAAGACCAGUAUCGGAAAGGCAAAGACAAGACUUGGGACGAGAGCAAGUUGCUGGACUGGGAGUGGAAGCAGAACAAGGGCAAGGACUGGGAGGGACGGAAGGGAGGAGCAGGGUGA